AUGGUCAAUUAUGUGGAAAAGGAUGAUGGUGACGAGGAGCAUGUGCUUGAAGAAGAUAUUUAUGAAGGAGCUGAGAUUGAUGUGGGAGACGAAGGAGAAGAGGUAGCUUGUAUUGUUCAAUGCCUUUUGCUAGCCCCAAAGGUUGGCAGUAGGGAGAAUGUGGUCUCCAAGGCUUUGGUAAAGACACUCAAUUUGAAAACUAAGAAGCAUCCCUCGCCUUACAAAAUUGCAUGGAUUAAGAAGGGCCCUGAAGUUCAAGUUCUAGAUGUUUGCAAGGUUCCUUUAUCGAUUGGCAAAUAUUACAAGGAUGAGAUUUUAUGUAAUGUAGUGGAUAUGGAUGCUUGUCAUGUGCACUUAGGAAGACCGUGGCACUAUGAUGUGGAUGCUACUUAUAAGGCUAUUAAGCAAGACAAGCCAGUGUUCACCAACAUAAUGGGUUCAGCCUUCUUUGCUGAAGUCAAAGAACCGGGUUUUGUGAUAGCAUUGGUGGUUAAAGGUCAAUCUAAGACUAUUGUUGAAAUCCCUCCUCUAGCUCAAAAGGUACUAUCUGAUUUUCCUGAUUUAUCUCCUACUGAAUUGCCUAAAAAGUUGCCUCCCACGAGAAACAUUCAACAUCAUAUUGAUCUAGCACCUGGAGCUAGCUUACCCAAUUUGCCACAUUAUCGCAUGAGCCCAAGUGAAUAUGGGAAUUGCAAAGUUUUUGUGCCUUUCGCACAAGGAUCCGGGCAUACGCAAGAAGUGUGUGGUGCUUCUGGAUGCGCUCUUCAAGAGUAG